AUGGAGGCUGACCUAAAAGCACAAAUCCCCGGCAUUGACCAUGUCAUUUCAGAAUACUCCCUUGGCUAUUUGACUCACGCUUCACAUGCAUACGUCGAGGAUGCCGAUGCAAACGCACCUUCUCCGCUAGCUGAGGCGGCCGAAACAGUUACGGAGAUCCUUGUCUCGGCAUCGGGCGACUUUUCAGCUGAGAACGAAAAGGCCAUUCGGAACCUGGUGGAAAAAUUUAUCUCGACAUUGAAUUCUGCUGAUGGCAUCGAUGCGGAGCGCCGGCAAAUACCCUUUGCUGCGAAGAAACUCGACCAGACGAUCCACGUGGGCUCUCAGAGAAACAUCUCAUCCACACUGGGGUUGGCAGGCGCAUCGGUGGAUCUGGAGGCAGCCGCCUCACGGAAAGUAGAGUCUCGAGUCGACCGCAAGAAGCUCGAAAAGGCGGAACGAAAGAUUAGAGCCAAGCAGGACAAGAAGUUGAUGAAAAACGUUGAAUAUGAAUCGUCACGUCUGCUCGAGCAACCUGAUAGCACUCAGUCGUACGAAGAGUUUUUCAUGGCUGUCAACCCUCUUCAACUGGGAGCCGACGCACAGUCCAAGAGCAAGGAUAUAAAGGUCGACGGAAUAGACAUAUCGAUAGGCGGAAAAAGAAUCCUUACUGAUACAUCGCUAUCAAUGGCUUAUGGCCGAAGGUAUGGUCUUGUCGGUCAAAAUGGUAUCGGAAAGAGUACACUGCUCCGUGCCUUGAGUCGCCGAGAGGUGGCAAUUCCAACUCAUAUAUCUAUCUUGCACGUUGAACAAGAGAUUACGGGAGAUGAUACGCCUGCACUGCAAGCGGUCCUAGACGCUGACGUUUGGCGUAAACACUUGCUCCAAGAGCAAGACAAUAUCACCAAAAAAUUGGCAGCUCUAGAUGCCGAGAGAUCAUCCAUGGCAGAUACCUCCAAGGACGCUGCUAGAUUGGACCAAGAAAGAGACGGCCUAGAUAUCACACUCACGGAUAUUCACGCAAAGCUUGCCGAAAUGGAAUCAGACAAAGCCGAAUCUCGCGCUGCCAGCAUUCUUGCCGGUCUUGGAUUUUCUCCAGAACGCCAAACAUUUGCCACCAAGACAUUUUCCGGUGGUUGGAGGAUGAGAUUGGCACUUGCCCGUGCCCUUUUCUGUGAACCCGAUUUGCUUCUACUCGAUGAACCGUCGAACAUGUUGGAUGUCCCGUCUAUCACCUUCUUAUCCAACUAUCUUCAGUCGUACCCAAGUACAGUUCUAGUUGUUUCGCACGAUCGUGCAUUCUUGAACGAGGUUGCGACGGAUAUCAUGCAUCAACAUUCAGAAAGACUGGAUUAUUACAAGGGGGCUAACUUCGAGUCGUUCUAUGCAACCAAGGAAGAGCGUAGGAAGAACGCUAAGCGCGAGUAUGAGAACCAGAUGGCGCAACGAGCACAUUUGCAAGCCUUUAUUGACAAGUUUCGUUAUAACGCCGCCAAGUCGUCGGAAGCGCAAUCAAGAAUCAAGAAACUGGAACGCAUGCCAGUUCUUGAACCGCCAGAGAGUGAAUAUGUUGUACACUUCAAGUUCCCUGAUGUUGAAAAGCUUUCCCCUCCAAUCAUACAAAUGACUGGAGUCGCUUUUGGCUACACUAAAGACAAGCCUCUCCUCAGUGAUGUUGAUUUGGAUGUGCAACUCGAUUCUCGUAUCGGUAUUGUAGGACCGAACGGUGCUGGUAAAACUACUGUGUUGAAACUUCUUAUUGGACAGCUGCAACCUACAAGGGGCCUAAUUUCUCAAAACCCCCGUUUGAGAGUUGGAUACUUUGCUCAACAUCACGUUGAUGCUCUAGAUCUUAACGACAGCGCAGUGGGAUUCAUGACAAAGAAUUAUCCCGGCAAGACUGAUGAAGAAUACCGCAGACAUCUUGGAGCGUUUGGCAUUACUGGCAUGACAGGUCUUCAGAAACUUGGCCUGCUUUCAGGAGGUCAAAAGUCUCGUGUAGCGUUCGCCUGCCUGUCCCUGACGAAUCCUCAUAUUCUCGUCCUCGACGAACCUUCCAAUCACCUUGAUAUUGAAGCCAUGGACGCCUUGUCCCAAGCUCUCCAAAAUUUCCAAGGUGGUGUUCUCAUGGUGUCUCACGACGUGACCAUGCUACAAAACGUCUGCACCAGUCUGUGGGUGUGUGACCACGGCCGCGUGGAGAAGUUCGACGGGGACGUGAAGGCCUAUAAGAAGAAGAUCUCUGCUCAGGCAGAUGCUGCAGGAUUUAACGUCGUCAGACCAGAUAUGGAGCGCCGUCUAACUGCCGACGAGCCGCUUUUGGCCAACGACGGCGACAUUUCAGGGGAUGCUGCACAUGAAUUGUCAGACGUGUCUCCUGAGGGACUAGGUGGCCUAUUUAUCUGGGCUCUCACAUUUUCCGCAGGAAUAAGCGGUCUUCUAUUUGGUUAUGACCUGUUCGCGCUUAUUGCUAGCCCCUUGGCUGGAAUUUAUGCAGAUAGUAUUGGCCGGAGAAAGGUUUUACUAGCUGCAGAUGCUCUUUUCACCAUUGGUUCACUGACCCAAGCGCUUACAUCUACUGUAAUUGGUAUGGUCACUGGGCGUAGUAUUGUUGGGCUGGCCGUGGGAGCUGCUAGCAUGGUAUCAUCUUUAUAUAUAUCAGAAUUAUCUCCAUCAAACCUACGAGGAAGACUGGUCACGAUACUGAGCCUCUUUAUCACCGGAGGCCAAGUAGUCGCAUACGUCGUUGGCUGGUUAUUUUCGUCUGAGCAUGGAGGUUGGCGAUGGAUUGUUGGCUUAGGAGCAUUUCCUGCAGUUAUGCAACUAACAAUCUUACUUUUCCUCCCCGAGUCGCCUAGGUGGCUUGUUCAAGCUGGCCGAAAGGCAGAAGCGAAGGUAGUCCUGACCAAGAUCUUUGGUUCGGACUCACAAGCUGCAUACAUGGCAAAUACUGUUCUGAGGGAUAUUGAAGAAGAUGUUGCAGGAGAAGCAGCCGAACUCCAUCACAAUAAUUCGGAAAGUAACUUCAACCGAGCUUUACGAACGAUGAUCGAGCUUUGGGGUGUGGAUGGCAAUAGACGAGCCUUGAUCAUUGCCAUGAUGUUGCAGGGCUUUCAACAGCUUUGUGGCUUUAAUAGCUUGAUGUAUUUCUCUGCAACUUUAUUUGAAUCCCUCUCGUUUUCUUCCCCAACCCUUACAUCCCUCACCGUUGCGGGAACCAACUUUGUCUUCACGUUAUUUGCGUUCGCCUUGAUUGAUCACGUUGGGCGUCGCCGUAUCCUUUUAUUUUCCAUACCUUUCAUGAUCUUCGCGUUGCUCGGAUGUGCUCUUGCCUUUUCGCAGCUUGCUGCUUCGCCAUCAUCUGAUCAAGACCAUGCGCAGUCGUUGGGUACAUCUUCUCUACCUACUCUCAUUCUAGUCUCUCUUACUGUAUACACGGCUGCGUACGCUUCGGGUCUAGGAACAGUUCCCUGGCAACAAUCGGAAUUGUUUCCCUUGUCUGUGCGUUCCCUUGGGUCAGCUUUGGCUACAGCUACGAAUUGGGCUUCCAAUUUCAUUGUUGGCUUGACUUUUCUGCCUAUGAUGGAAAUGCUAACUCCGGGUUGGACUUUUGUUAUAUAUGCAAUGGUGUGCGUUUUUGGGUGGUUUGGCGUGUGGCGCAUCUAUCCGGAAAUGAGCGGUUUGAGUCUUGAGGAGAACAACUUCCUCCUCCAGAAAUUUUACCUCUUUUCUCCUUCAUACAUUCACUUUCUGAAAGUUCGAACCAGCUUCCCCAAAAAGCUCACUCCAGGCGUACUUCCCACUUACCUGCGGGCACACCGAUCACUCAUAAUCUCCCUUUGGGCUAUGCCUCUCGUUCGCACCAUGGCGGACCAGGUGUCUCCAAUCUUUCGCCUUCCAGGCGAGGUCGUGCAGCACGUCGCCAGCCUGCUUGGUUCUGACGCAGAUCUACUGUCUUUUGCUCUCACAUGCCGAUGGUUGGCAGAACACGUGCUUUCACCUCUAUCAGGUGUCUGGAGGAACAUAUUUGAAGACCAAUACGACUCGGCAUGGAAGUACCCCUCAGACUUGCUAAAGAUCGAGUACCAAACACGAGCCUUCGUUCUCGCUCAGAGGGUCUUUUCGCGGCCCAAAGAAUCAAAUCGCGAGCGCGUGUGGCUGGAGGUAAUCCAAACUCUCCUGCUAGAGUCAUACUUGCCUUCAAAGAACGGCUCUUUACCUACUUUCUCCAAGAACAUGCUGAAGAUUGCCGAAGCUGUUCGAAAAACCAAUUUCCUCAACAGGCCAAUGGUUUGGGAGGAUGGUCAGAGAAGUAAUCCCAACCCAUCUGACCUCUUUUGCUCAAUUCAACUAUGCCUCACUCAUCUGUGUCUGAAUUCUCAUGACGCAAGGCCAUGCUUACGAAGCAAUUAUGACAUUGCGCAAGUCUACGCCUACCAAGACCUGAUACGCGAGCCCCUCGUGCAAAUGGGCGACGUAAAGCUAGAGACGUUGUUGCAUAUACGCAACUUCUGGCAGCGACACCUCCUUAGCUCUCGAGAGCAAACCUUCGUGUCGUCUUAUUUGGACACCGAGCCAAAACCAAAAGCGUGGAAUCGCCCUUUGGAACAGGUAGAGAUUCCAACCGGCUGUUGGACUGGGUAUUACUCUUGCAUUCAUCCUCACCCAUCAACAGUCGAAAUCUUACAGGAAGAGCAAACCUGUGCUGGCCCAGAGAGUGAGCACGAGGCGAUCAAGAUGUUCCUAACAAUGAAGACCAUCGAUAAAGAGCCUUUACCUUGGUCCAACAUAUUCGAUGAAACAUUCCUCAUGACUGAAUUACACCCAAGAACCUUUUUCGCCGGCACCCAAGGUUUCUACAUCACUGAUACAGUCUUGUAUCGCGUACGGGGAUUUUGGGAGGCGAUUCCUAAACCACAGGGACAAAUUCCCGGCUGGGUCCGUAUCUGUUUCAUUAGUUAUAUCAGGUAUGGUCACGACGGCGGUGAAGUUAUUGAUGAUGCUGAGGAAGAGAACUGGAAUCCCAAUCUCUACGAAGACUUUGACUGCGUGUAUGGCUUUGAAGGCGUUCUUUUGCCAGGAGGCAAGAUUAUGCUAGGCCAUUAUUUUGAUAUGUUAGGUGAAGAUCACCCAGGGUCGGAACGUGGACCAUGCAUCUAUUGGGAGGAUAGCAAAGACAAAGACUUGGGCAUGCAGUUGGCACAUGUUUUUGGACCUGGAAUACUGUGA